AUCUUCCAUGAGAAAUUAAAGCUGAGAAAGAGGGCUUUCCUUUGCUUGAAGGAAAGGUAUUGGGCAAACGAAUUCUUGCCUUGGGAACUUUCCCUUCUCUCUCCCCCAGACUCUACCCCUUUCUCCCCAGACACCCUUUCUUAAGCACCCUACUCUGGCACUCAGCAAGCCAUGGGAAUGAGAAAGAACUGGCUGGAAGUAAACAGUCUGCUUGCUCAUGGCAACUGAAAAUUUUCUUGCGAUGGUUCUGGUUCCAGGGGAGGGAGCUGAAGAUUAAAUCCUGAAGUCUGCCCCGUUGGGAAAGCAGCAGCCUGGCUUCCAGUGGCUACAGCAACAGCCACUCCAGUGAUUUCCAGCAAAUGAAGUGUCUGAAAUGUUCUGUCUGUCUGGAGAACCUAUAGCUGAAAGUCAGGAGCCUCGGCGGCCUCGCCCGCGAGCCUGGAGCCCGUCCGCGGCAGGCCCGCCCUGAGUGCCCAGGCCCCCGGCGCGCGGCUGUGCGCGCAGAGCCCGCUCCCCGGCGCCCGGCCUGCGCCUCUCCCGCCGCCGCCGCCCGCCGCCCGCGCGGCCCGCUCCCGGUGAGACCCACGGAGGCGGGCCCCGUGCUGCUGCUCCUGCCGGGCGGGGGAUGCGGGGCAGGGUCUGGCUCGCGGCGCUCGGAGCCGGAGGGGUCGCCGAGGACUCGGAGCCCAGCGCUGGCCGCUAGAGAGCCCGCGGCGCGAUGAACAGGCUGCCCUUUCACACCAACAGAGUCAUGCAGGACCGCCGGAGCGUGUGCAUCUUCCUCCCCAACGAUGAAUCUCUCAACAUCAUCAUAAACGUUAAAAUUCUGUGUCAUCAGUUGCUGGUCCAGGUGUGUGACCUACUCAGGCUAAAGGACUGUCACCUCUUUGGGCUCAGUGUUAUACAAAAUAAUGAACAUGUGUAUAUGGAGUUGUCACAAAAGCUUUAUAAGUAUUGUCCAAAAGAGUGGAAGAAAGAGGCCAGCAAGGUACGACAAUACGAAGUCACUUGGGGCAUUGACGGGUUUGGACCUCCCAUGAUCAUCCACUUCCGCGUGCAGUACUACGUGGAAAACGGCCGACUGAUCAGUGACAGAGCAGCGAGAUACUAUUAUUACUGGCACCUGAGAAAACAAGUCCUCCAUUCCCAGUGUGUGCUCCGAGAGGAGGCCUACUUCCUGCUGGCGGCCUUCGCGCUGCAGGCCGAUCUUGGGAACUUCAAAAGGAACAAGCACUACGGGAGAUACUUCGAGCCCGAGGCUUACUUCCCGUCUUGGGUUGUUUCCAAGAGAGGGAAGGACUACAUCCUGAAGCACAUUCCAAACAUGCACAAAGAUCAGUUUGCACUGACAGCUUCCGAGGCUCAUCUUAAAUAUAUCAAAGAGGCCGUCCGGCUGGAUGACGUUGCUGUUCAUUACUACAGAUUGUAUAAGGAUAAAAGGGAGAUUGAAGCUUCUCUGACCCUUGGGUUGACCAUGCGGGGAAUACAGAUUUUUCAGAAUUUAGAUGAAGAGAAACAGUUACUUUAUGAUUUCCCUUGGACCAAUGUUGGAAAGUUGGUGUUUGUGGGGAAGAAGUUUGAGAUCUUGCCGGACGGCUUGCCCUCGGCCAGGAAGCUCACCUACUACACGGGCUGCCCCUCGCGCUCCAGGCACCUCCUGCAGCUCCUGAGCAGCAGCCACCGCCUCUACAUGAACCUGCAGCCUGUCCUGCGCCACGUCCGGAGGCUGGAGGAGAGCGAAGAGAAGAAGCAGUACCGGGAAUCGUACAUCAGCGACAACCUGGACCUGGACAUGGACCAGCUGGAGAAGCGGUCCCGGGCCAGCGGGAGCAGCGCGGGCAGCGGGAAGCACAAGCGCCUGUCCCGGCACUCCACAGCCAGCCACGGCAGCUCCCACACCUCGGGCAUCGAGGCCGACACCAAGGCCCGGGACGUGGGCCCCGAGGACGCCUGCCCCGGCAGCGCCGUGCACCGCAAGCUGAAGACCUGCAGUUCCACGACCAGCCACGGCAGCUCCCACACCUCCGGGGUGGAGAGCGGGGGCAAGGACCGCCUGGAGGAGGAUUCGCAGGACGAUGAGAUAGAGAUGCUGGUGGAUGACCCCAGGGACCUGGAGAGGAUGAAUGAAGAGUCCCUGGAAGUCAGCCCAGACAUGUGCAUCUACAUCACGGAGGACAUGCUUCUGUCCCGGAAGCUGAACGGACACUCUGCUGCGCGGAGAGCAUGCUGCCACUCACGGUGUGUGUGAGCGUAUGUGAAGAAGAUGGUCUAAAACAGCGUGCCCCAACGUUGGUGCCUCUGGGAAGGGGAGACAAGGGAAGCCGACUUUCACUUUCUGUUGUUAUAUUUCUGCUUAAUCUUUAUAAGAUUAAGUUUGUCAUUUUAAAUACAAAUAAAAUUUAAAUAAAUAGGAUGGCUAUUUAAAAAAUGUAUAUGCCAAAAAUGUGUACUGAAGUGUUACUUAUAAUAGCAAAGAGAAAAAAGAACCUAAAUGUUUACCCGUGAGUAAAGUCAUAUUCUAUUCAUAAAAGUGGAAAAUUAUGUAACCAUUAAAUAAUGAGACUUUCAAAGGUAAGAAAAACAGUACAAAUUGUUUAAAUAGCAUGAUCUCAAAUUAUAAAAGUGUGUAUAUGUGUGUGACCAGAAUAUACAUAAAAGUAUGAAUAGCCUAUUCUCUGGAUGAUGGGGUUACGGAUGGUGUUAUUUUCUUCCCUGCAUCAUCCUAGUUUCCCAAAAUUUCUACCAUUUGAGCCCUUAAACAUUGUGUUAGACACACGGAGCCCAGAUGGAGCAGUGACGCAGUGCACUGCUCUGUCCUUCCUUCUUGUGGAGGUUUGGCAGGGGUCCGUCCGUGUUCUGAGCACCAGGCUUGAUGCGGAGUUUUCUCGUGCUGGUUCUGGGUUUUGGAGCAGAUUAUUUACAGGCAGGAAAGGGCAGGUGUGCAAGGAAAUCCAAAAAGAACCAUACCGAGUGCCAGCCAGAGCUCUGCUCCACGUCUCCUUCCUAUGAAGAUUUGUUCAAAAGUUUAAGGCUUUUUGGAAGAUAAGGAGAUUUCUAGAGAAGGAGCUUCUACUCAGGCAGUUUGUACCAACCCCCAAAACAGCAGUGCCAUCUGAGAAUAAUUUAAACUGUCUACAUGUAAACCAAGAAUGUACAUAUAUCAUUUUUUAAUUGAACUAAUCAUCAAACACUUAGUACAUGCUAGACACUGAAUUAUGAGACCCUUCUAAAGAGAUAAAGUCAUUUUGUAGGUUACUAGCAGUGGCUGAGUGAAAAAUCACAGCACUUACUCAAGGUUCUUUUUCUGUCGGGUGGGAAUGUCCUUAAGCCAUUCAGCCUCGAGUCAGGGGCUUGACCUACUCACUUGCUCCAUCCAUUUGCAAGGAAAAUGUGAGUGGUCUUCACUUACAUCCGCAGUUCUCGUUGACAGUUGUACAUCAUGACGUAGUUUUCCUGGGGCUUCGUUCCCAUGCCACGGUCACUCAGGGACGUGUCCGCCCGGGAUUUCUGCCUCUGAGUUACCAGGUUCCGCGAGCCGUGGGGGGACGAGGGGCCCUGUUGAUGUCAGCCUCCAGAACUGAGUCCUCACCAUGGCCUCCUGGUGUCGUACCAGCGGGCUCUGCUGGAGGAGACCUGUGCCAUGUGUUCCCAGCAGCCAGGAGGCGCCUCCGGCACGUGGUGCAUCCCGUGUGCUGGCCCGGACCCAGCCCUUCGCGGGCGUUAGCUCUGUAGUCAGAGGGGUGCUGAGCUCAGCCCUGUCUGUAAGAGGAGCCAGCACAAGGACACACGGAUGCUGGCCGGGACACACAGCUCCUCACGUGCCUGGACCCGGUUCCCAGCCGGGUGGGGGUGACUCCGGACGCCAGAGCCCUGUGCUGCCCUGCUGCUCGUCUAAGCAGAUGCGAACCCAGAGGCUGCAUCGCUGUACAGGGAGGCUGAGGUCAGCGUCCGUGUUGUGCGGAAAGUGGGGGAGCUUCGGGAGAGACAGUAGAGAGCCUGCACCCUCAGCCUCUGUUUUUAUUCCAACUGCAUCAUAAAAAGCUUAACUAAAAGUUUACUUUAGAAAAUGCAGUUUCUCUCCUCUGUCCUGUGCUCUGACCCUCACAUGUCUCCCCGUUCCCUCUUCACCGCAGCACGAGGGGGCAUGGGAUCCACCUGGUCACCUGCCACCAAAGGGCCACAGGGAGAUGUGUGGUUAACCUUUGCCCGUUCGUUCUUGGGAGGAGGGUGUGUCUGACGUAUGGCGAGAGGGGUGAAUAAUUUGACGUCUUCGUUGGUUUU